GGUGAAGAGAGGAGAGAAGCAACAGCAAAUUAUGAUAUGAGAGUAGUGAUGACAUGAAAAAGUGAAGAGACAGAGGCACAGAGACCAGAGAUGAUCAGCUCAAAUAUGCCCCAAGCCACCCCCACCACCUUUUCCUUGUAUCUUCCUCUUCAAUCACUCUAUUUAACCACUCUCUCUCUCUCUCUCUCUCUCUCCACCUCAUGCUUAUCUCUGUUCUCUUCCCUUCCCACUUUAACUCCCCCAAGCCUCCUCCUCUUUUCCCGCUCUCUCUCUCUCUCUCUCUCUCUCUCUAUUCAUUCAUAUCCUUCGCUCACUUCCUGCAAUUAAUUCAUCCCUCUCAUUCCAAGAAAUGGAAAUCCCUCCUCCUUCUGACUCCAUUGAAUUGCCUCCCGGAUUCAGAUUCCACCCCACCGAUGAAGAGCUCAUCCUCCACUACCUCUCUCCCAAGGCUCUCGACCCCUCCUUCUCCGCUGCCCCCAUCGCCCACGCCGAUUUCAACUCCUCCGACCCUUGGGAUCUUCCCUCCACCCUCAACAUGCCUCACAAACACUCCUACUUUUUCUUCCUCCGCGACCGCAAAUACCCCACUGGUUCUAGAACAAACAGGGCCACCCCCGCCGGCUACUGGAAGGCCACCGGCAAAGACAAGCAGAUCUUCAAAGCUAAGGCUCUUCUUGGGAUGAAGAAAACUCUGGUUUUCUACCGAGGCAGAGCCCCCAAAGGUGAAAAAACCUCCUGGGUCAUGCAUGAAUAUAGACUCCACCGCUCCAAUGUCCUCCCCGCCAAGAAUGAGUGGGUUCUGUGCAGAGUAUUUCAGAAGACUGAUGGGCUGAUGAAGAAGGUGAUGAUGAUGGAGAUUGGAGGCGCUGCCGCUCCUUCUGAAUUGCCUCCGUUAAUGGACGCCUCGCCGAAUCGAACAGAGUUUGGGGAAUCAUCUCACGUGACCUGCUUCUCCGACGACAUAGUGGAUAGCCUGGAGACGCCAUUAAUAUUCUUGGGCUCUUCGUCCUGUUCUUCAGACCAGUCCGCGCCAUUAAUGGCGCCCCUAGUAGGGAAUUCGAAUUCGUCGCUGUUCCCAAACAGCUUUCUGGGAGAAGAUCAGCAGGUGAUGAUGAGGAUGACGACGGCGGUGGAAAACAAUGGAUGGAGAGACUUGGGUGGAGAUAUAUCAUCUGUGAGAUACAACGGCAAUGGAAAUGGGAUGGUCCAGAGAUCGUUUCAGAAUCAACAAUACUCGUCAUCAGCUUCUGCUGCUGGGGCCCUGAACAUUGGUUGCCUCUUGGAUUACUCCACUUAGAGAACUCAACGGCGUUUUGGAGCAUCGUUAAAAAAGAAAAAUGAUUGGCGUACAUAAAUUGCCUGCGACUGCAUCACAUAUCUAUAUAUAUAUAUAUAUAUAUAUAUUAUAAAAGGUUAUGUAAAGGGUUGGAAAUGCAUGCAUAUUACUAGGAAUUAGAAAUUGAACUUGUUGAUCUUAAAUUUGUGGUUGCCUAUAUAUAGCAGUGAAUGUAUAAAUAUAUAAUUUGUUGGUUGCCGUCUUAUGAUUAA